AUGUCUUCUAGUUCCUCUGCUUCAUGCAAUGUCAGUGGUAGUAGUAAUUCAUCUGAGUCAAUGAAAGACCUCUACCCUUUGUGGAAGUUUGUUGUUAAGGGUGAUAAAAUAUCGGGUGGUGGAGGAAAUUAUAAUUGGAAAUGUAACUUUUGCGGCGAAGUUAAAAAUGGUUCAUACACUAGAGUGAAAGCUCAUUUGCUAGGUGAACAAGGGAAAGGGAUUCAAACUUGUAAUAAAGUAAAAAUUGAUGACCUUGCUAAACUAAGAUCGCUUCAUCGUGAAUCCGAGGAUUAUAAAAAAUCUUUGUUACCAAAAGUUCCACCUUUUUCAAAUGAACCCAUAUCUUCUCACACAUCAACUGAAGCUACAUCAAUGAGACUAGGGGGGUUGCCUUUUAAUCUUGCUAGAAACCCUUACUAUGUUAGUUCAUAUACAAUGGCUGCCAAUUCUAAUCUCUCUGGUUAUAAGCCUCCCGGAUACAACAAACUUAGAACAACUUUGCUUUGUAAAGAGACAGAAAAUGUGGAUAGGUUAUUACAACCUAUGAAAGCCACAUGGAAAACAAAAGGUGUUAGCAUUGUUAGUGAUGGGUGGAGUGAUCCACAAAGAAGGCCUUUGAUUAACAUUAUGAUUGCUUCUGAAACGGGUCCUAUGUUUAUGAAAGCUAUUGAUUGCUCGGGUGAGAUUAAGGACAAAGAUUUCAUUGCUACCUUACUAAGUGAGGUGAUUGAUGAAAUUGGAGAUCAAAAUGUUGUUCAAAUAAUCACAGAUAAUGCAAGUAAUUGUAAGGCUGCAGGGGAAUUGGUUGAGGGUAGGUAUCCUCAUAUAUAUUGGACACCAUGUGUUGUUCAUACACUUAAUCUUGCAAUGAAAAGCAUCUGUGCAGCUAAGAAUGUGUUGAAUAAUGUUGAAGUAUAUGAUGAAUGUCAUUGGAUAACGGAAGUUCAUGCAGAUGCCUUGUUCAUUAAAAAUUACAUAAUGAAUCAUUCGAUGAGGCUUUCAAUGUUCAAUAAGUUUUCGCCAUUAAAACUACUUUGCAUUGCCGACACUCGUUUUGCUUCAAUUGUGUGCAUGAUUAAAAGGUUGAAACUCCUUAAAACAUCACUUCAAUCAAUGGUUAUUAGUGAGAAUUGGUCCUUAUACAAGGAUGAUCGACGCGGGCAAGCCUCACAUGUAAGGGAAAAGAUUUUGGAUGAAAUAUGGUGGGAAAAAGUUGAUUACAUUCUUGAUUUUACACGCCCAAUCUAUGAGAUGAUUAGGGUUUGUGACACCGACAAAUCUUCCUUGCAUUUGGUUUAUGAAAGAUGGGACAUUAUGGUUCAAAAGGUGAAAGAUGCCAUCUACAAGAAAGAGGGUAAACUAGAUUAUGAACAAUCUACCUUCUUUAAUGUAGUUAAAGGGAUUCUUAGUAGUCGUUGGAGUAAGGGUAGUACUCCACUUCAUUCAUUAGCACAUUCUUUGAAUCCAAGAUUUUACACGAAAGAAUGGCUUAAUGAGGUCCCGGGACGAGUUGCUCCAAAUGCCGACAAUGAAAUUUCCACACAAAGAUUACAAUGCUUUCGAAGGCUUUUCCAAAGUCCCGAUGAAAGAUUCAAGAUCAACACGGAAUUUGCAAUAUUCUCACAAAAAUCAGAGGGGAUCUUUCUCAACAUUGAUUGCAUGCAUGAUAUGGCUUUGAUGGAUGCUAAAAAUUGGUGGGCAACUUAUGGUUCCCAAGUGCCUAUGCUUCAAGGUUUGGCUUAUAAGCUAUUAGGUCAACCUUCUUCCUCUUCUUGUAGUGAAAGGAAUUGGAGCACCUAUAAGUUUAUUCAUUCUUGCACUAGAAAUAAGCUUACUCCUAAACGUGCUCAAGACUUGGUAUACAUUCAUAACAACCUUCGAUUACUUUCUAGGAGAAGUGAAGAAUACACUAAGGGGAGAUCUAAGUUGUGGGAUGUGGGUGGAGAUGAGCAUGACAACCUAGGAGAGGUUGGUAUUCUAGAGAUGGCCGAGCUCUCACUUGAUGAACCCGAGAUGGAGAAUAUGAUUUUUGAUGAUGUACUUGGUGAUGGUGAAGAAUGA